CAACCAUCAUCUACUGCACUCACUCUUCAUCAUCCUACCUAUUCGCACCCUGCAAUUCUUUCUGCACCUUAGCUUAUUUAUCACUAUGCCUUUUCUUGUUUAUCUUCUCCUCUUUCUUUCUCUGCAUGCAUGCACUUCUCGACCACUCGGAAUCAAUCAUACCCAACAUUAUCUACUGCACCUCUCUCACAAGGCUGUAAAGCUUCCAAUAAAGGAGGAAUUUCACAUGGCAGAAAAUUUCCAGGCCAAAAAUGAACAAGUUUUGCAAGAGAAACUCAACUUUGGGGAGUCAAAAAGUCAAGCACGGUCAAUCUUAGAAUAUCCGGAGACACAUAAAACAGAAGAAACAGUGAAAUCUAACGAAGAUGAACCGGUGGAAGACGUUGUAGUUAUGGACUAUGCACAACCCCAUCGCAAGACACCCAUCCACAACAAAGCACCAUAGAACUAUAGCUACACUUUCUCUGGGCUGUUCUGUUCUUGUCUUAUACCGAGUAUACAAUAUUUUCAAUUCCCUGUUUUCCUUUUCACCUUUGAAUGGAUAAAAGGGAUGAUGAAAACCAUAGAAAUUAAUGGAUUAAGUUAAUACAAAAGAAGCUAAGAGAGUGAAAUGUUACAUAAUUUAUGUGAUGCAAGAAAGAAAGAAUGAGAGAGAGAGAGAAGCAUGCAAAGCGAUCACGUGUUUAUUAAAUGCACAUGAAACAAGUUGUGGGAAGUGUGGAAUGAUGGUCCCUCAUAUCAUGAUGUGUUGUUUGUAUCAAAUUUAAUUUGCUGUGAAUAAAACAGUAGCAUUAUUAUACAUAUGUAUCUGCUACGACCGGGUGUGAUGGUGUGGUGUGUUUGUCUGCUUUGCUUUUAUUGCGUUUCAGUUAGGUUAGUUGUUCUGUUUGAAUACAGACACCAUUAUAUUGAUGUCACUCUCACUCUCUCUGAUCUGCACUUUUCUGUUGUUCUUGUUUUGUAAAUAAAAAUGGUUUUGUGAGUGUAAA